AAAAUGAGAUAUAUUAUUCCUAAAUCCAACAUAAAAGUGUUCCACAAGGCUAUUCAAGCUCUGGGGAAGGUUGGAGAAGAAUUAUAUUUUGAACCCGGGCCUGAUACACUUUUCAUUAAAGCACUUAAUUCUGGAAAAUCCGGGUUCUUCAUAUUCUCCUUCCACUCUAGUUUCUUUAGUUCUAUUGAAGGACAAAUUAAUGGAGAAAGCAGAACAGAACCAUUUAGGUGUAAAGUUCAAUUGAAAAGUUUACUGCUCGCCUUCAAUUCUGUGUUUGUAACUGAGAAAAGUGUGAAUGCGGGGUUAUUAGAGUUUAAUCAGGAUAAUUAUAAACUGUUGAUAGAACGUCAUUGUCGUUACGAGGUUGAAGCUAGAUAUGUAUUACCAACUAUGGAGCAGGAUUCACUAAAGUUUGAGUUUGCUCAAAGGGGGAAAAGCUCCUGGUGCAUACAAUCUAAGGUUUUGUCAGAUGUAGUAAGAGCCUUCUUGUCCUCUCAAGACGAGGCUACAAUGACGGUUACAGAAGAGAGGUUUCAUAUGAAGAACUAUGUAGAUACGUAUGAGGAUAAGGAACAGACGCAUACUGACUUCAGUAUGUUCCCACGAGAGUUCGAAGAGUACAAUGUACUUGAAGAAGCAGCGCUUACAUUCAGUCUUAGAGAUCUGCGUAGUAUCAUAGGGUUUGCUGAAGCUACAGCUCUACCGGUCAAAGCUACCUUUAGCCAGGGCGGUCAUCCUAUCACCUUCUCGGUCAGGCAGGAUCCGGUCCUAGAGGUUUCCUACGCUCUUUCUACGCUGCCAGAUAAUGAUGAGUUAAAAUCUAUUCAAACUACACGACAAACUCAAGGUUCGCAGGCUAAGCGUAGAUCUAAUGUAGAGCAGAAUACUUCAUUCAUUGGAGGACGUCAGCAGAGACAUUCUACACAGAGGGAUAAUGUACAAUCUACAGUUUGCCCCACGCCGCCAUUAAUGACACCUAUUCCUAUGAACGGCCACAACGAUACAACAGAGCGGGUUCAGUUCUCAGAGAGUUUUCAUGAACUUAGAUCUGAGGUAUUCACUGUAAAGGAUUGUGGGGACGGAGUUGAAGUCUCCAAGUCUCCUGGAGCACCUGAAGAUCUUGUCCCCCAGUCUCCUGUUGUUCCUCGAGACCAAGGACUGAAGAGGAAGGAGAGGAAGGUGCUCAGGAAAUGUUUCGAAGCUACCUGCUACCCAGCUAAAACGAAUGUGGAAAGAAAGAUUUUAGCAGAAGAGUCAGAUUCUGAUUCUUGAUACACUGGUUCUACAUUCAGCAGUCUACACUCUACAAUCUACAAUCUACACCAGGGCUUUGAUAAUCUGAAGUUCUGAAGAGAAAGUUUUGAUCUUUUGAUUUUGUAAACAACCAAAAUUUACCCCGUAAAUUAAACAAUAGUUUGUGAUAUUCUAAUCAUCUCAGUAUUUCAUGUCAAACUAGUUGAGAUGCAUAAACUUCAAUUCAAUUCUGGUAUUUAAAUGCAGGGUGGCCAACUUCUUGUUGGCCAUCCUGAAUCCUGAUGCUAAAUAAAGAGUAAAAAGUCUUAAAAAACAUAUACCGGUACCUUAAGAUUUAAACCGCUGUGAUAAAGAAUCUUUGUUGAUAAAAUUAGUUGUAUUAAUUGUCAAAUCUGUGAAACUAUUAUAAAACGAUCUCAUGUAUAUUGUAUAUUUAUAUACAUACCUAGA